AUGACAGCUGGAAAAGAGGAGUUAUCGGUCUACAAUGUAACGGACGUGUCGAACACCGCAUUUUCGGAUGCCGUCAAAGUUAUCCGCAAAUUUAUUGUUCCGUUUAUAGUUUUUGUGGGACUAUGCGGUAACACUAUUUCGCUUAUAGUGUUCUCCACAAGACGAAUGCGACGUGCCUCUUCAUCCGUCUUUCUAACCGCCUUGGCCAUAGUAGACAACUUGUUUCUACUGAGCCUACUUAUGUCAUGGCUGGAUGACGAAGUUCACGGUAUAAUAUAUUCGAACCUCUCGUGUCAGUUGCUCAUCUACGUUACCUACGUCACAAGCUUCCUGAGCGUUUGGUGUAUUGUCGGCUUCUCAUGCCAGCGUUACAUUGCCAUUUGUUACCCUCUGAAACAUAAGGUGUACUGCACCGUGUUUCGUGAGAAACUUAUAAUCUGCACGUUUGCGCUCGGUGCCUCUGUUUUAUACACGUUCAAUUUCUGGACAUCAGAGAUCAGGCAAGGCGUGGGUGCGGCUGUGGAUUUUGAAUGUGCCUUUAAACGGGAAUAUAUGGGUUUUCUUACAGUCGCAACUUGGAUAGAUACGCUCUUUACAAUGAUUAUCCCUUUCAUCGUCAUCGCCUUUGUCAAUACGCUAGUUUUGCGUAAGAAAGCGCACUUUCCGAUUCAAAAGAUGUUUUCAGAUAGGUUUUUGCGGAAGAGGUACAUUGAAACAAACUUGUCUGAUCAAAUUACAUGCAAUACCGAUUCUCUUUCGUCAUCAGUAGAAGCACAUUUGAACCAUGAGAUCCGACGAGAACAUCCUAACAGAAAUCGCAAAGUUUUGUUAAUAAAGCGCUCACGAAUAACAACAACGUUACUUGCGGUUUCAUUUACGUUUUUGGUGCUAAACCUUCCGGCUCAUACCAUUCGCCUGUACAAUCUGCUAACAGCUGCCCUGAAUAAUGAAUAUUUUGUGCCGGUAAGACAUUAUUUAAUACAAGAACUUACUAAUAUGCUUUAUUGUACAACUUUUAGUUGUAACUUCUUUCUGUACACACUUUUUGGAAGGAAUUUCAAGUCUACCUUGCUGCUUCUUGUGAAAUGUCACUCAACAAAGAACGUAUACCGACCUUCUUUGUGCGUUAUUAGCAAGUUAUAA